UUAAUAAGUGUGUGUAGUGCAAAAUGAAUUUAGCAAUAGCUGUAAAUAACUUUGAAUUACAAAACAAUGUCAGUGUUAUAAAAGUUAUAAAUCCCAGUUGAUUUUAACUAUUUUAUAGUAAUGUAGUAAUAUAUACAGACGCAAAAUGAUGGAAUUAGAAACUUUGAAAGAUGCUGUGGAAUGUUUGAAAAACAGUACCUACAGUUUUCCGGUGGGAGCAAUUUCAAUAGAUGAUUUUAAACCAAUAGAAGAAAAAAUUAAAUCUAAACGAGAAUCGUUAAAACGACUGAAUUCCAAGUUAUUGACACUUAAAGCACAUCAUAAUUACCAAGUAACUAAUAAUUCAGAGGAACUAGAAGAAGAUGUAAGAAUAAUUGUAACAAAGUUAAAUGAAGCAACUGCAAAUACUCUUCUAACCAAUGAGGCAAUUAAACUAUGUCUUCAUUCUGAUAGCAUUCACGCUAUUCUAACAGGCAAAGAAGGUGAUCACAAUAUGCAAAAAAAAAUUUAUGCAUGUAUGCGUAAACUUUUUUGUUUCAAUGACUGUGUUUUAUCGAUACAAAAUGAAAUAGAAGAAGCACUAAAAAAACAAUUGGAACUAAAAAUUCAAUGUCAAAAUGCAAUAUAUGAUUACAAAAAUUUUUUAAACGAACAGGAAAAGUUACGUAACAAAAUAUUGGAGGAAACAAAUCCUCAGAUGGCACAGUAUAAAGAGAAAACAUAUAAAACUUUAGAAAAUAUCAAUCUAUCGAAAAGACUAAUUGUAGACUUUAUUGCUGCUUCGCAUAAUAUGUUAUUAAAGAAUCCAUUAUUUAUAGAAAUGUUGGAGGAACAUAGAGAAUUAAUUAGUAUUGAAACAAUUUUAAAAAUAUCUAAAAGUAUGGCAGAAGAUAAAUAA